AUGAAGGUUAAUGAUUUAUUUGAUGCGGUUUCUCGGCUAUUAAACAUUAUUAGAUCUUCCUACAAGCAACGAGGUAAUUUAGGAAUAAAACAAGCAAAUACAGUUAUGGAAGCCUUGGUUGAAGGUGAGCUUGAGAGUGGUACCGGUUUGAACCAAGAAGUGGGUAUCAAACGACCAUCGGAUACUCGAUGGGGUUCUCAUUUUUCAUCUCUAUUGAAUAUCAAGAACAUAUAUUCUUCCAUUUGUGAAGUUAACAACUUGCACCAUUAUCAUGUUGAUGUAUUUAAGGUGGUGAUUGAUAUGCAAAUUCAAGAGCUUAACCAUAGCUUUAGAGAAGCCAAUACGAAAUUACUUCUUUGCAUAGCUUGUUUGUGCCCGCGUGAGUCUUUUAAAGUCUUUGAUUUGGAUAAACUAAUGGAAAUGACUACACUUUAUAGGGAAGAAUUUCGAACAAAAUAUGACCUUCAAGUUCUUGAAGUUGAACUUAAAAAUUACAUUAAGGAUGUGCAAGAAGAUGAACGAUUUAAUCAACUGAAGAGCAUUGGAGAACUUGCCAAAAAGAUGAUUAAAGAAAAAAGCAUAUAA